CCACGCCCGCGCACCACCACACUCCUCCGCCCGCGCGCCACCACACUCCGCUGCCCGCGCCCGUAGGACGCAAACCCCAUGCCGCUCUUCCUCCGCCCGUCGACUCACCCCGUCCCUGAUGCCUCACUCGCCGCGCUCGUCCCGCCCUCGGCGCCGCACCUCCACUGCCACCUCCGCUGGCUCCUCGCCUCCGCCUCCGCCUCGGGCGGAUGGCCGACACUGACGCCGAGAGCCACGGGCCGCCGCCGACGUGAGGAGGGGGAUCUUCGACCGCCUGCAGGCCGCCAGCAACCAGGAGGCGCUUCCGUCCACGGCCACUCGUUCCUCACCACCACCACCACCACCACCGGUCACCACCCACCGCUCACCGUCGGCGUACGAGAUGCUGUUCGCGUCCCUGAAGACGCCGCCCUCCCUCGCGGCGCUCUCCCCGUCCGCCUGCGCCCCCGUGCCGGCCGCCUCCUUCCCGCCCCUUCUUCCCAGCCGCGGCCGCUUCCGCCUCUCGGCGGCCGCGUCCGAAGGCGCCACCGUCAGCCAGGAGGAUGCUGCGUUCGAGGAGGCGCGCCUGGCCCAGUUCGCGGCGGACUGGAAGGCUGUGCGCGCGGACAAGGACCAGGGGAAGAUCCUCACACUGCCCGUGCUGCGGUCAAACACCGGUGGAAUCAUCCUCAAGUACAACUCCAUGCAGGGCUUCAUGCCCAACCCUCUCCUCAGCCUCGCCCAUUGGUGUAAAGAUCCCAAAAGGCCCAUUCAAGAUGUUACAAAGGACCUAGUAGGUUCCUUUGUUUCUGUCAAGGUCGCGGCGACCACCAAGAAGACACCCAACACCCGCAUCCCAAACUACCCGAGCCUGCCGUCGCAGCUGCUAUGUCAAGUCCACAACAUCACCAUGCAUGUAGGUGUACUUGGUUCAUCUUCAGGUUCGGGUGUGGGGGUUAGUGGCCUUAAGCAUUAACCAUUUAAUCCUGAUGAAUGAUGCUUGUUUUGCACAAGCUGACAAGGACACUGACGAGGUCUACUCACAGAUGACUCCGCAACCAGUAAACUCUGUAAGUACUGUCGAAAACGGAGCUUGGUGAAGAUAUUCAGAACAUGCUGAACUGCGUUUUCUCUACAUGUGCUUUUAUCGGUUUGCAUGCUGCAUGUUUGAUGUUUUGCCUGAGCUGGGGAUGAAAUGGUACCGAAUGCCUGAAACUAACAUAACGGUGUUCAGUUUAAGUGUACAUUUUGAGAUUAGUGCUAGUGUUUA